AUGCCUGCACGGCGGCUAAAGCUAGACAUGGCUACAGCUACGAAAACACUUCCAUGCGUUUCCUACCGUCAGCCCUAUGCAGCUCUUGUGCUAAAUGGCGUCAAGACCAUAGAAUCUAGAUGGAGUCCUAUAUACAGUGAAGUUUGCGAGAAAACUGUAGCUGUUUAUGUGACUUGGAAAGAAUGGGAGGGUGUUGAAUGGAGAGACGUAUUGAAGGAGAGAGGAAUGAGCAAUGAAGAAAUAACUGAAGUUUCUGCGCUUGCUUAUGGGAUGAUGCGAGGCCAAGUUGUAGGUGUUGUGGAUGUAGGGAUUACGUGGAAGUGCUCUGAUGAAUCAGCAGCCAAACAAAUGCAACAACUGGAACAUGCAGCAGUUCUUAGACCUCUUACUGACAAAUAUCUUACAGAGUUGUCUAACCCACGUUGGUUGACUUGUCCAUUAGAAAUUGCUAGAGGUCAGAAAGGAGUGUUUGAAGUUCAAGUUCCCUUGCACGCACUUCCCAAGUAGAAUGAUUUUUUUGUUUGCUCAAUAUUAUAGUGAGCUGUGAUUGGUCUGCUUUACAACCACUCAUAAAUGACCUCGAAAUGCGCACUGUUACUGCAUGUUCCCGCAUAUGAUGUUGCCAUGUAUUUAGCUUUACAAGCUUGCGAGUAAUGCAAUUAAACUUCACAUUAUGGAACUUGUUAGAAGAGAGCCAGCAGAUUGGUAUAUGAAGGCUAGUUGCUGUAAAUUGAACUAAGCAAGAAACAUGAUUAUG